UGCGUAAAUGUUUUAAUGAUUAUCAACUCCCACCCCAACCAGACCAUUCCUAAGUUCGCAGGCCUCAGCCUCAGCAUCAAGUGCCAAGCCAGUCGCUCAGCUCAGGUCUCUGAUUUGUUAAAAUCUCCGAGAGACUCAAAACCUUAGGAAGGAAGCAUUGGCGGAUCGACUUAACUUUGUCUUUUGCUCCCUUCCGCCCGCACCCACGUACCAAAAUUUGAUUUUUAUUUCAAAGUAUAUAGGUUGCCAUCGUUAUGGGCUCAAUGAGACAGAAGCUUAUACUUUUUUUGUGGGAAGAGAUUCGGUACAAUGUUUAUGGAGCAUAUGAAAAGGUGCAGACUGAUUUCUAGCUCUGUUGGUGUUCAAGUGCAGGGUGGCUGCAAAGUGGAUUUGAAUAUUCCCACAAUGUCAAUGGAUUCUAAUGUCAUAAUAGCAAGUCCUGUUGUUGAGCCUCAUGAUGGCAUUGAAUUCGAAUCUCAUGAGGAUGCCUAUACAUUUUACAAAGAGUAUGCCAAGUCAGUGGGAUUUGGCACUGCCAAGUUGAGCAGUCGUCGGUCCAGGGCUUCCAAGGAAUUUAUUGAUGCAAAAUUUUCAUGCAUAAGAUAUGGAAAUAAGCAACAGUCUGAUGAUGCCAUUAAUCCGCGGCCUUCUCCAAAAAUCGGUUGUAAAGCAAGUAUGCAUGUGAAGAGAAAACAAAAUGGCAAGUGGUACAUUUACAGCUUUGUAAAGGAGCACAAUCAUGACCUUUUACCGGAUCAGGCUCACUUUUUCAGAAGCCACAGAAAUGCUGAUCCUCUCAAGAAUGAUGUUAGAAUACGCAGACGAAAGAACUUAGCUACUGUGUCCAAACUAUUCAGUGCUUAUCAAAAUGUCGAAUGUUUGGAGAGAUAUUUAAGAAAUCAGCAUGAUAUAGGACGUAAUUUGAUUUUAGAAUCAGGGGAUGCUGAAAUGCUGCUUGAACAUUUCAUGCAAAUGCAGGGAGAGAAUCCGAAAUUCUUCUACGCAGUUGAUCUGAACGAAGAACAUCGACUGAGAAAUGUGUUCUGGGUUGAUGCCAAAGGAAUGGAAGAUUAUUCCAAAUUUAACGAUGCGAUAUCUUUCGACAUCACCUAUUUCUCCAACAAGUAUAAAAUACCUUUGGUACUCUUUAUUGGAGUGAACCAUCAUACUCAACCUACAUUGCUUGGAUGUGCUUUGAUUGCAGAUGAGACUGUAUAUACUUUUGUUUGGUUAAUGCAAACAUGGUUUAUCGCAAUGGGUGAACAGGCUCCAAGAGUUAUCCUCACUGACCAGAACAAUGCCAUCAAGGCAGCUGUUGCAGCUGUCUUCCCAGGCACCCGUCAUUGCUUUUGUUUGUCGUAUGUAAUGGAAAAGGUACCGAGGCAGCUGGAGUUUUUGGGCAUGUGGCAUGAUAGUUUUAUGGAAAAAUUUAACAAAUGUAUCUUUAAGUCGUGGUCAGAAGAACAAUUUGACAAGAGGUGGUGGAAACUAAUUGAUAAAUUUAAUCUUAGACAAGUUGAUUGGAUUCAGUCCUUGUAUGAAGACCGAAUGUAUUGGGUGCCUACGUUUGUGAGGGAUAUAUCCUUUGCUGGUUUGUCUAGAACUUCUCGAUUAGAAAGCUUGAAUUCUUCGUUUGACAAAUAUGUCCAACGGGAAACAUCAUUGAGGGAUUUCAUGGAACGGUACAGAGAAAUUCUCGAAGAUAGGUACGAAGAAGAAGCUAAAGCAAACUUCGAUGCUUGGCAUGAAACCCCCGAGUUGAAAUCUCCAUCACCCUUUGAGAAACAAAUGUCUCUUGUAUACACACAAGAAAUUUUUAAGAAAUUUCAAGUUGAAGUUUUGGGAGCAGCCGCUUGCCAUCUUAAGAAAGAAAAUGAAGACGAGACAAGCACAACUUACAGUGUUAAAGAUUUUGAGGAUAAUCAGAAUUACGUAGUAAAAUGGAACGAAUCAAAAUCAGAUAUAUAUUGUUUAUGUCAAUCAUUUGAGUAUAAAGGCUAUCUUUGUAGACAUGCCAUUGUUGUUCUCCAAAUGUCGGGCGUGUUCAGCAUCCCACCUAAGUAUGUGCUGCAGCGAUGGACGAAUGCUGCUAUGAGUAGACAUUCCAUUGGUGAAAAGCUGGAUAAUGUUCAACGAAAGGUUCGCCGGUACAAUGAUUUAUGUAGACGAGCCAUAAUAUUGGGUGAGGAAGGAUCCUUGUCCGAACAGAGUUACAAUGCAGCUUUAAGUGCCAUAAAGGAAGCUUUGAAGCAAUGUGCAAGUUUGAACAACUCUUUAGAGAACAAUGCAAGACCUGAUACCUCAGCAGUAAGUGGUGUUUGCACUGUUGAUGCAGAGAAUCAAUGCAGCAAUGCUUCAAAUUUUGAGGUGUCCAAUCAUAAAGUGACCCCAGCGAAUAGGGCUUCUGGGAGAGCCGGUGCUGGGAAAGAGGCCGCUAGUAAAAAGGGAAAGGUACAUCAGACAGAAGCUGCAAGUGUUGGCACUCAAGGUGGCUUUCACCAAAUGCAGGAGCUGUCUGGACCAAACAUGAUGCAGCAGUUACAAAAUGUGGUACCUGCCCAUAUACAUAAUAUGAAUCUGGUGCCUCCUCCUGCAAUGUUUCAAAAUGUUUCGUCAGCAGCAGCGGCAGCUGCAGCAGCACAGUUCCAUAACAUGGCUGCUGCUGCUUCGACCGCACAUUUGCAUCACAACCCUCGUCUUCCUCGCUGAUGCAAACUUCUCUUGUAAAAUCCAAAACAUUAUAUUAUAUGUACAUACAUAUAUGGAUUCUUUUAUUUGGUGAUAAUAUGAAACUAAACUAGUUGAGCACUCACUUACUCUAAUCACAAACCCAGUUUGAAAAA